AUGGCGACGACAGCGGACAUCGACACGACACUGGCGUACUCGGGCGACCCAGGGAAGGAUAAACUCACGGCGGAAGACUUUGCGCGUCGAGUAGCGCAACAGAUGAGGAGCAUGGCAUUAAGCACGGAAGCGGAUAAACUGGAGGUGUUUGGCAACUCUCUACUGGCGGGGAAACCAGCAGACAAAUGGUGGAAAGCAAAGCAAGCAAGCACCACAGCAUUCACGACUUGGAAGGACACGAGAGCAGGAUUUGUCACGGAAUUCGACGCCCCCCAAGCAGCGGAGAAGACAAAGCAGGAGUACGAGAAGGAGCUCAGUGGGAUGCGGAUCACGCUGGUGGAACUCGGGACUCAAAUCACAGUGGGCGGCGUCGAAACACACGCGCACGUCGCGUUCGCACAAAAACUGCUGCAAAUAGCAAAACUAGCAGGCGUCGAGAAAUCGAGCAGCAACAUAUGGACGGUUCGAGAUCAUCUACCGAAAGCGAUACAACAGCAAGUACCAAGAGCACCAAAGGACUGGGAAGAACUGUCCAAGGAGAUCGAGAAGAUCGACAAAGACAAGCUCGCAGACGAUGCAGCGGAAGAACGGGAGAAUGCAGCGGUGCGAACAGAUGUCGCAAACCUCAAAGGACGAAGCGCACAGAGGAUAGUACCUCAAUCACCCACGGCACAGAUCCGCACACAAAUGAACAGAACAACCCUGGCCGAUGCCCAACGAAUCCCAGCGCCAGCAUUCCAGAACUCGGCGGAGAUAUUGAACGCAGAGGGCAAAGCCAAGCUCGCCGAACUCUUGGACAAGAUGAAGGCGGCCAUGCCACUCCUGACGACCUCGGAAACGGACACGGCAACGUACAAAGCGCGCAUGACGCGGUGGGAACGCAGAGGAGGAGCGGCGGGGCGGGUGGAAACAACGGGAGUACCGCUGUCACCGGGGACGGUGUGGCCAGGAAGCGGAGAAUGCUUCAAGUGCGGUAAGCUUACGAUCCCAAAGCACAACGCAGCGGCAUGCACAGGAACAGCAAUCCCGACGGUGGAGAGCAGAUUCAGACGCAUAUGCGCGAAGAACUUACCGCGACCAACCCCAAUCAACGCGGUGCUAGGUAGCUGGAUGGACGACAACAACGGAGACGAGGAGGAUUUUCCGAACGGGUCGUUGUAA